AUGCAGACUGAUCUUCAGAAGGGCCAGAUGCCGUUCCAGUUAUCAAACCCGGAUUUUCUACACAACCAGGUCUACAUCAACGGAGAAUGGAAACAGUCUGUCUCUGACAAAGCAUUUCCAGUUCAAGACCCAGACAGUACGCCAGACGACGCCGAUGCGGCCGUGAAGGCUGCACAUGCCUCGUUCAAAUCUUACUCGCAACUGAAUCCACGAAAACGCGCUGAACUCCUAGGGUCCUGGCACCGCUUGCUUGUCUCUUCACGGGAUGACCUGGCAAAGAUUCUUGUCCAUGAGACCGGAAAACCAUUGUCUGAGGCAUACGGCGAGCUCGAUUACGGGAUCAGCUUUACCUGGUGGUUUACGGGAGAGGCAGAUCGCAUCCAAGGCUCGACGUUUACUAGCGCCGCGCCGAAUAGGCGUGCUAUAACGAUUAAGCAACCCAUCGGGGUAGCAGUCGCGAUGGUACCGUGGAAUUUCCCUAUUGCGCUGGUCCUGCGGAAAGCUAGUGCCGCCCUGGCCGCCGGUUGCACGAUGGUGAUCAAACCUUCCCCCGAGACUCCAAUUACAGCACUGUGUUUAGCUGAACUAGCCACGCAAGCUGGCUUUCCUCCUGGCGCGCUCAACGUGUUGACGACCAGCGCGGAGAACACCCCGGCUGUAUCGAGAGCGCUCUGCACCCACCCACUCGUGAAAAAGGUCAGCUUCACGGGGAGCACUCAGGUGGGAAAGAUUGUGGCAGAGCUUUGUGCUAGCGGUCUUACCAAGUCGACUCUCGAGUUAGGCGGGAAUUGUCCUUUCAUCGUCUUUGACGAUGCGGACCUCGAUCAUGCCGUGGAUGAGUUGAUCGCUCUCAAAUGGAGACAUGCGGGCCAGGCAUGCAUUACCGCUAAUCGCGUGUUCGUUCAACGAGGCGUAUAUGAGGAAUUUAUCGACCGAGUUGUCCAUCGCACGCGCUCGCUGGUUGUCGGACAUGGAAUGGACGCCAAGACCACGAUGGGCCCAGUGACUGUGCCUAGAAGUCUAGAUAAGGUUGAAGCAAUCGCUUCAGAUGCCAUCCGAAAAGGAGCGAAAUUACUUCUCGGAUCAGGGCAGAGGCGGAUAAGCCAUGAAACAAAAAGUGUUGAUUCAUGUGCCGGAUACUUCAUGGAUCCCACCAUCUUGAUCGACAUGACAGACGACAUGUUAAUGAGCCAGGAGGAGGUCUUCGGUCCGCUCCUUGGGUUUUAUCCAUUCACGUCAGAGGCAGAGGUCACCAAGCGUGCAAACGACACUACAUUCGGCCUCGCGAGCUACGUGUUUACCGAAAACGUCAAUCGGCUAUGGAGAAUGAUGGAGAAGCUGGAAGCAGGCAUGAUCGGUUUGAAUGCGGGCAAUGGAUCAGCAACAGAAGCCCCUUUUGGAGGCAUCAAGGAUAGUGGAUGGGGCAAAGAAAGUGGGAAAGAUGUCGCGGUUGACGAGUUCAUGAUCAGCAAAACAGGCACACUGAGGAUCCGGCAGGAGGACUGA